CAAUAAUUCCAAAAAGGGAAGCACAAAAAAAGAAAAAAAAAACCAUUACUGCCAUUUCUAGCUUCUUAUUUCUUCCUUCUGCACUACUCAAUUUCUAGGGUUCAUUUCAAUUCCUGGUUUGCUCAAUUUUAAUUUGUCAAUUAUUUUCACUUCUCAUGUUCCCCAUCCAACCAUUCCUGUAGCUCUUGCUGUUGUUUCUAUAAAUGAAAUCAUCAGACUUAACCCUAGGGUUUACAUCAAAAACGACGCCGUCGUCUUCCUCUUCUCACCGUAAUCAAAUCGCCGACGAUUCAAUCUCUCUCCAGCUCGAUUCCAGCUUCCGUGACCCCUCCCAUCCACCGGCACGGCCAGUCCCACUCCAAUUGCUGGAGCCACUCGGAGAAACUCACUGUAAUAAUCAAAAUGGCAGCUUAAGCAGUCAAAACGACAAUUACAACAGAAAAAGUAUGGAAAAUGGAGGGGAUGAUUGUGAAGGAGGGGAAGAAGAAGGGGAUGAGAAAGAAGUGAAAAUUUUAGGGUAUUCAAUGUGUUUAAAACGAAGAAGAGAUAGCGAAUUAGUAUCGACAUCUACGUCUUCAUCGUCGAAUUGCUCGAAAAGAGCGGAAUUAAGCCUCGAGGAGCGUCGGGAGUUGGUUAAAUCGUGGGGGAAUCAGCCGCUAUGCGCGGCGGAUACGGAAAUAUUUGAGAUUAUGGAGAAGGAAAAGGAUAGGCAAUUUAAAGGACUUGAAUUGAUUGCCUCUGAGAAUUUCGUUUGUAAAGCUGUAAUGGAAGCGUUAGGUAGUCAUUUAACUAAUAAGUAUUCGGAAGGAGCGCCUGGUUCGCGGUAUUACGGAGGGAAUCAGUACAUUGAUGAGAUAGAAACCUUGUGCUGGAAAAGAGCAUUGGAGGCUUUUAAUUUGGAUACCGAUAAUUGGGGUGUGAAUGUUCAGCCUUAUUCGUGUACGUCUGCGAAUUUCGCUGUUUUUACGGGAUUGUUAUUGCCCGGUGAUAGAAUUAUGGGAUUGGAUAAUCCUUCUGGAGGGAAUACAAGUCAUGGGUAUUAUAUGCCUAAUGGUAGAAAAGUUUCAGGUGCUUCGAUUUUCUUUGAGAGUCUGCCUUAUAAAGUGAAUCCACAAACUGGGUAUAUAGAUUUUGAUAAGUUAGAGGAAAGGGCAGUUGAUUUUAGACCCAAAAUUCUCAUUUGUGGGGGGAGUUCGUAUCCGAGAGAGUGGGAUUAUGCUAGGUUUAGGCAGAUUGCUGAUAGGUGUGGCGCUGUACUGCUGUGUGAUAUGGCUCAGAUUAGUGGUCUUGUUGCUGCUAAGGAGUGUGUGAAACCCUUUGAUUACUGUGACAUUGUUACCUCAACAACUCAUAAAAGUUUACGAGGUCCUAGAGGAGGUAUUAUUUUCUAUAGGAAGGGAAUGAAGCCAAGAAAAAAGACAAUGAUAGUAGGUCAAGGAGAAAAUAACGAUCACUAUGACUUCGAGGAAAAGAUUAAUUUUGCUGUAUUUCCAUCAUUGCAAGGUGGACCACAUAAUAACCAUAUCGCUGCUCUCGCCAUUGCUUUAAAACAAGUUGCUACACCUGAGUACAAAGCGUACAUGCAACAGGUGAAGAAAAAUGCGAAGGCUUUAGAAUGUGCUCUGUUGAGAAGAAAAUGCAGACUAGUAACUGGAGGCACAGACAACCACAUGCUACUUUGGGAUCUGAGGCCUUUGGGACUAACAGGGAGAAUUUAUGAGAAGGUCUGUGAGAUGUGUCACAUCACUGUAAAUAAAAUUACUGUUUUUGGUGACAAUGGCACUAUUACCCCCGGGGGAGUAAGGAUAGGUACCCCUGCUAUGACAUCAAGAGGUUGCCUAGAAUCUGAUUUUGAGAUAAUUGCUGAUUUUCUUUUAAGAGCUGCACAGAUUGUGAAUAAUUUGCAGUUUGAGCGUGGGAAGGUUCUCCUUAAGGGUCUGCAAAGCAAUAAAGAUAUUUUAGAGCUCCAAAGUCGAGUUCAAACAUUUGCAACUCAGUUUGCAAUGCCAGGUUUUGACUUGUGAAUGGGUUUUUAGAUUCAAAUUUAGACCUUUCAGUAUUGGUGUCGCAUCUGCAGUGGUUUUGGCCUUUGAUCAACAAUUUUGUACCAAAUUUUUCCUUUUGCUGAUCCUGGCUAGCUACCAGUAGCCACAACAUAGAGGAAUUUUGGUGUCAUUUCAUGGAUGAUGGGAGGAUAUGUUUGUUGUUAACAUGCUGUCCACUUUCAGUCAGUGGUAGUGCUUUCUGGAUUAUUUUUUGGUGGAAUGGUGGUGGCACCCAAGUGAUGGAUUAAGCACUUUUGGUUCAGAUAACUUGGAAAGCAAUUUGGUAAGCUCUGUAAUGAUGGGUUGACAUGGUAUCUGGUAGUGACAAAUUCAAGAUCUUACUAUGAUUCUUAAAGAGCCUGUCAAGUAUAUGUCAAAGUUCUUGCAUCAGAAAUUAUGCAGCAGUGAAUUUUGUUUUUCACUAUAGGUUACUGCAAGCAGAGUGUAAGUUCAAUGGCGAUUCGAUUUGCCUUGCACAUUGAUAAUUUACACUCCUUAUUUACGUAAUGCUGUUCUUUA